AUGGUGUGGGAAGAGCUGCGGUGCGGCUUGAAGGGUCAACUGGUCUCCGGCAAUUUCGAGUGCUUCGCGGAGGACUCUCGUAGCUUUGCCCACGGCGCCUGCCUCCACGAGUUUGCGCGCCGUCAUAACGUCGUGCUCUGCGGUUGUCUUCCGCCUGGCGCGCAAAGGAGGUGGGGCGGAGUCAAGGACGGCGCCCCAAAGCUGUGCUUCGCGGUGCUCCCUGAUCUCCGUGGCUCGGCGGAACAGCGUAGUGGUGAGCUGAGCGUUGCCUCUCUUGCCGCCUCGGAGGUUGGCGUGCCCGAGCAGCAGCUUAGGGGCAGCGCAGGGCUGCCUGGAGCCGGCGGGGCCCGGGGCGGGGUUGGCCAGGGUGUCGAGGCGGAGAUCCCAGCAGUGGCGGUCGGCUUCCUCUACGCGCUCUCGGAGUUCCUGCUGGCUGGCAGGAUAGACGUGGACGUCGCGGAUAUAGUGAGCGUGGGAAAGGACGUGGACAACAGCAUGAGGCUGCGGGCACCGAGGCCCUCGGACUGGAAGGAUGCUGCCGUGUGGUGCGCGGAGCUGGAGGCCCACCUCAAGGCGUCCGACUAUUCGGUCUACGUCGCCGCGGCGCAGGCCGCACCCCAAGCGUCCCGCCUCGCCGUGAACCCCCACCUGCUGUGCGUGGCGUCCUUCGUGGAGCUGAGCUGCGGCACCGGGCGCCACGCCGGUUCCCAGCAGCCACGCGUACUCAGAUACAGGUUGGAGUUGAGGGGGAUCAACCAGGCUUUAGGGAGUGCGAACACCGAGGCGCUCGCACGAGACGACCGCGUCUCCAAAGAACUGGCCACUGCCUUCCGACAGGUGCUCAUCAGCGCGAAAGACGUUUUUUUGACAGGCGGCUACAAACGGAACCCACGACAUGAAGGCCAUAACUUGAACGUGGCGUUUGGUUCCUUGACAGUAUUUGCCACGUUCAAUUCCGCUGACAAUUACGCACCACUUCUUCUCAGGCCUUGCAACGGCGAAGAGGUCAUCGGCGACGUCACGUGUGAUCUCAGUGCUGAACAGCCUGACGUGCCAUCGUUGCACCGCAUGCAGCAAUUCAUUGCGGAGUCCCCGCGGGCACAGGUUCAGUUCUUCAAGCUCAUGGACGACAUCGCGGACAUUUACUUGGCGGGGAUCGACGGCUCUUUCAUUGGCAGGAGCAAGAUCCGGCAGUGCUGCACAGCCUGCUGGAAGAGCUCAAGCAGGCCUUGA